AUGUCCUUCAAAGGUACCUGCAACUGCGGAAACAUCCAGGUCUCGCUGAACGAACAGCCGCCGAAUACUUUGAUUUGUCAUUGUCGCAAUUGUACUAAAGCAGGCGGUGGUCCCUUCUCGAUAAACUAUGCCGUCGAUGACUCCUUCGCCAACAUCAACGACCCCCAUGCGAGUCUGAAGAUCUACGAGGAUGCAGACACGGGAAGUGGGAAUCGCGUUCAGCGCCAAUUCUGCGGAAACUGCGGCAGUCCCAUCUUCAGCAAAAGCCCCAAGUAUCCCGGGAUGUCGAUUUUCAAGGCCAUGUUGUUUGAGGAGUUGGCGCCGCCUAGUAUGGAGGUUUUUACGGGGUCGAGGGUAGAGUUUGUUAAGCCGAUUGAGGGCGCGGAGCAGGCGUGA